AUGGAAGCUCUUGCGACGGGGAAGGCCUGGGUAUGUGGAGUGGUGGGUCUACUCCUCCACUUCCUCCACCUAGUGUCCUGCUGUUGGCUGUUGGCUCUCACUGUCAGGCUCCUUGGCUCUCUACAUCAACGGCGACCAAUACAUACGGCUGUCUACUGCACUGCGUCAUGGGGGGCUUCGCUAGGCCUCGUGGUGGUAUCCUACGUGGUGAACCCCGACGGCUACGAGACACGACGUUACUGCUGGAUGUCCGUCGAGCGUGGGAUGCUGGUGUCCUUCAUCGUCCCCGUCUGCUCGCUUAUACUGGUGAACGCGGGCGUGUGCGUCGCCGCCCAGAAGGUCCUCCUCGACACGCGAGACGGGGUCAAGCACGAGGUCAUGACCCGGCACAAGCGCGACCUGAGGGGGGCGGUGGCACUGCUCCCCCUCGAAGGAAUAUCCUGGUUCCUGGCGGUGGUGGCACUCGAGGAUCACCAGAGCCUGGCACUUGACUUCGCCGCCGCCUUCGUCAGCGCUGCGCUGGUGAGUUCACGGAGUGGGUGUUGCUGGGAUGACUGGUGGUGA